AAGUUAGAUGUUGUCACUGGAGAGCUCGCUUGCCAAUCGUCAACGAUUCAUUCAAAAUUGUCCAGGGAUUUUUUCAAGUCUGCCCUCACCACUAAAGUACAUUUAAACACUGCAUUGAAACGGAUGUUGUAUUACCUACCUGCAGCUAAAAUAAUAAAGACUGUUGUAGUUCCAAUGAUUCAAAUCAUGGGGAUGUCUUGUGUGGUUUACGGAAUGAAUGUUAUUGAUAAGAAGGUGUACGCAUUACAA